UUCCGGUUAGAAGUAGCAGUGCAGCUACAACGGAGUGACCAAUCUACCACCACCGCCCCACACCCACACGCCGCUCGACCUCGUCCCGAGAUCUCUGGCGCCUCCCAUGAAUCCCCACCCCCUCCGCCUCGGCGCGCUCUUGGCGGCCCUCGUGCUUGCCGCCGGCGGCGGGUGGUGGGGCCGUGCGGAGGCGUCGAUCCACACCUACGGCCGCGAGUCGUUCCGCGAGGUGGGCAACGCUUUCCUCCUCUCCGGCGGCAGCGAGGGCAUCGUCGCCGACGGGGCCGAUCUCGCCGCCCCCGACUCCUCCUUCAUCAAGUUUGUGAAUGUUACUUUCUGGAGGAACGCAGAAUCGGCAGAAUCACAUGCAAAAAUGGCACAUAGUACAGGCUUGGUGCAAGCUAUUUUAUUUGAAGCAGCUGACAGGGAUAACAUUGGGGGUUCUGCCUAUGGUGGACAGAGGUCCAUUUGUUGCACCCCUGACCUUGCUAAACUAGAGGGCUGCAAACAAGGUGAAGUAAUCAGGAGGCCAUCUUCUGAUGAUCCAGAUUGGCCUGUCGUGGUAGAUACACACUUCAGUGCUAAUCACCUUUCAGUGAAGUUGGAUGACGAGGAAGUUCACAUUACAAAGACAGGCAUGUACAACUUGUUCUUCAUUUCUUGUGAUCCAAAAGUAAGGGGCCUUGCUAUGAGUGGGAAGACAAUCUGGAGAAAUCCUGGGGGGUACCUACCGGGACGAAUGGCACCUCUGAUGAGAUUUUAUGUUUUCAUGUCGCUGGCAUAUCUGUUAGUCAUGGUUGUCUGGUUUAGCAAUUACAUAAGGUUUUGGAGGGAUAUACUGCCAAUACAGAAUUGGAUCACACUAGUAAUUGCUCUUGGACUGUUUGAGAUGACACUAUGGUACUUUGAGUACUUAAACUUCAACAGCAGCGGUGUACGACCUGUCGGAAUUACAACUUGGGUUGUAACUGUUGGCGCUAUCAGAAAAACAAUUUCCCGUCUACUGAUCCUUUCUAUAUCCAUGGGAUACGGUGUUGUUCGCCCAACUCUAGGAGGGCUCACCUCUAAGGUUUUACUCCUUGGGCUUACGUAUUUCCUGGCUUCUGAAUUACUGGAUAUUUCAGAAAAUGUUGGAACAAUUAAUGACAUUUCAGGCAAAGCAAAGCUUUUCCUUGUCCUUCCUGAUGCAUUUUUGGAUGCUUUUCUCAUACUUUGGAUUUUCACUUCUCUUUCCCGCACUCUCGAGAAACUACAGGCAAGGAGGAGUUCUGUGAAAUUGGAUAUAUACAGAAAGUUUACAAAUGCACUGGCGGUCUCUGUCAUAGGUUCAGUUGUCUGGAUUGGCUAUGAGGUCUAUUUCAAAGCAACAGAUCCCUUUAGUGAGAGAUGGCAGAGUGCUUGGAUCAUUACAGCCUUCUGGGACGUUCUUGCAUUUGUUUUGCUUAUUGUGAUAUGUUAUUUGUGGGCACCUUCUCAAAGCUCACAAAGGUAUGCAUAUUCAGGCGAAGCUGUCGACGAUGAGGAGGAGUCUCAGUCUCUGACAAAGGGGUCUGAUGGUGAUGUAGGGAUGGUAAAGAUUGACAAAGACAGAAAUGCUGGUGUUAGCAGUGCUUUCAGCUUGGAAGAUGAUGAGGCUGAAGAGGACAAAAGAGAAUAGUAUUUCUUCCCUUGUUCCUUGUGCCCAGGUACCCCAGAAGCAAGUGGUUUGUUGGAGCGAGAAUGUUCCAUGGGUUCGAGUGUUUUUUUUUUGGUGAUUCAUUGUCCUCUGAUGUUCCUACCUUAGACAGGUUUUGUUGUAGAAGCGUGUGAUUUUAACCACACCGUGGAAGUGUGAUGACCCGUAUGGGGUGUGGAUC